GUAUGUAGUCCAAACUGGAAAGACACAACUGUGCCAGCUUUCACUUUUAGCUUAGGAAGAUGUACUUUCACAGAUCCACUCGAUGAUUCAAUUACUGACAAUUUUAUGCCAUUUUUUGAAAAUUCUGGAAAGACAAAUUACAUUAGGAAGAUUGACAACAGAGUCGAAUACUACUAUGGUAUGGCAUCUUUUGGCUUUUCUGUGGACUCUGACAAGUCAUCAGUUUUUGUAAUGGGUGCUCCAGGAGUGACUAUUUCAGAAGGGACUGUUGUGAUUCUGGAUGUCAAUACCAGAGUCAUGUCCAACUAUACCACUGCUCUGGUGAAUAAACUGUACACAACUGCAUUUGGAUAUAUAGGUUACUCUGUGAAGAUAGGCAGAUUCUGUGAUGGUACUGACACUUGUUUUGCUGCCAGUGCCCCUAACAGCAACCGAGUUGGCAUGAUACUUAUCUACAGAUGGGUAAAUCAAAACGACUUACAACUGAUUCAAAAGUUUGAAGAAAGGCAGGCUUGGAGUUACUUUGGUUACACUCUUUGUGCUGUUGAUACUAAUGGAGAUGUCUAUGAUGAACUUCUUGUGGGAGCGCCCCUUUAUACUGACAUAGCAGAUACACAUCAUGGUCAUGACCAAGGAAGAGUCUUUAUCUAUGCACGGUCUACAACAAGUGAAAAACUGAUGCAGAAGGGCUAUUUAGAUGGCACUAAGAAAAAGUUUGCUCGAUUUGGAACUGCUAUUCAGAAAAUUGGUGACAUAAAUGUAGACAACUACACUGAUGUUGCUGUUGGUGCACCAGGAGAGGAUGACGGUGCUGGUUGUAUUUACAUUUACCUUGGAGGACUUGCUGGACUAGUUAAUUCACCAAGUCAGAGAAUUACAGCUAAAGAAGUCUCAACUGGUCUUUCAGAACCUGUAACAGGUUUUGGAUUUUCCUUCUCAGACUAUGCUGUUCCAGGAAAGGAAGCAUAUCCUGUGUUUGUUGCGACAUCUGUUGCUAGUGAUACCAUUUUUGUGUUAAGAACCAGGCCAAUAGUUGAUGUCACGACCAGCCUAACUGCCGAUCCAAAUCCAGUUGAUGAUGAGAAACCUUGUCGUGAGAAAGGGAUUGUUGGUGUUUGUUUUAAAGUCAAACUGUGCAUGAAAUACAAAGUAAGAAGAGGAAGCAGCCAACAACUAUCUUUCCAGGUUGGAUUAAACAUGGAUGUUCAAGUUCGAUCAAACUUGAAACGAGCUAUGAUAAGAUUAAACAACACUAAUUUGGUGGAGUCUGUUCCUGAGUUUAUGAAAAACAUGACUGUUGCUGACAGAGAUUACUGCACAGACUUUGUUGCUGUCUUAAGAGAGCAUCAAGUAAAUCAAGACAGGUUUACUCCACUGAUUAUUGUAGCCAAGUACGUGUUGCUAGAGAAUCCAUCCUUAGAUGUCAAUCCCAUGUUGGACGCCACAAAAUCCAACAAUGUUAGCCUGACAGUGACAUUUGCGAAUAAGUGUGGAGAUGACAACAUAUGUAGAGUGGAUCUUGCUGUCAAAGGGAGUCUCAGCUAUAAACAUGCUGGAAACUGGAACAAUAUUGUUGUCAAUGGUACAGAGGAGUUGCAUGUCAAUAUCGGAGUCAAAAACUCCAAAGAGACAUCCUACUGGACAGUAAUCAAGGUUGAAGUUGAUUCGCCAGUGUCUUACAGCCGUUUCACAUCAGGUGUCUCCAUCAACUGUCAAGAGGAGCAGUCAACACCAGAUGAUACUAAUGCUGUGUCCAACAGAUUGGGACUUGCAAAAGCUAAAGCUGUUUUGUGUAAUUAUUACAAGCCUCUACACCAGAAUGCCACUUUUGACCUCACUGUUGUGUUUGCAACUGAGCCAAUGGAAUUAACAAAGGGCACACUGCAAGUUACAGCACAAGCGCUGCCAAAAAAUGUUAACAACCCAGAAGAAACUAUGAAUGACAAUACUUUGAGCAUGAUAACUUCAGUUCAGAUGAUUGCUGAUGUAUCUGUUGAAGGAACAUCAUCCCCAUCUGAAGUCAGUAUCAGUGAGGCCAAACAAAUUUCUCCUGACAAAAAAGCAAACGGUGAAAUUAUUUUCCGUAAAACUGGGAUUGAGAUCAAGCCUCAUAAUGUCACCCAUAAGAUUCUGGUGAAAAAUAACGGACCAAGCUUUCUUCCACAAACAAAAAUUGCUAUUAGUGUACCAGUUUAUCUACUGGAUGGAACUGAAUUCAUCAGUUAUGCAGAAGUGAAGAUUACCACAGUCGAUGGCAAAGUGGCUCAGUGUUAUGGUACCAAGCAGUUUGAAUCCCUUGAGCAAACAACAAGUUCAGUCACUGCUACCACUGAAACUCAUCCUGCAGAGACAAGCAGAUCUACAUCAGGAACACAGGAAACUACAACAUUUGGUUUCCCUCCUAUAAAUACCAGAAAGAAACGUGCCGCUGAUGAUAAAGAAGAGAACAAAGUUUACACACUGAAUUGUGAUGUAGAGGAAAUCUGUCAAGUUUACAUUUGUGAGACUGGAACCAUCAUACAGUCUGGCAGCCAUGCAGAGAUAAAUGUGUCUCUGGUUGUUGAUCUGGCCAACAUUCCUCUACCUGAGAACAAUAAUAGUUUUCAUUACACAGUACAAGCGAAAGUGAUAGAGCCAGUUCACCCACUCUUCAAGUCAUGGGAAAAAGAAAGAGUUAUUCAGACUGUCACCAAGUUUCAGUUAGUGCAGUCAGGUGGCAAAAUUAACAUUUGGAUCAUCAUCGGAUGUGUUAUAGCUGGGCUAGUUCUGAUAACUAUCAUUGUGUUGAUUUUUUGGAAGCUUGGAUUCUUCAAGAGAGAUAAACAUCAGCAAGUGGAGAAAUGGAGGCGAGAGAGCAAGCGGUUGUCCAGGAAAGGUUACUCUAAAGCUCCAGAUGAAGAUGGAGCACCUGCAGAAGCUAACCCUGAUGCAUCUUCUUAA